AUGCCAUCCAUAAAGUUGGGAGCCCACGAUCAACACCCUAGCAAAGUUCCUUGUGGAAUACGAUUCAUUCGAUGGGUUGCUACCGAACGAACAACAGAAGUCUAUCGCACGUGGGUACUUAUUUUAACUUUUCUCGCGUAUGCUUCGUAUCAUCUCUCAAGAAAACCCGUCAGUGUUGUAAAGGGAAAACUCACAGUUCACAAUUGCACAACUGAUAAAUCAUGCCGUGGAUGGGCACCAUUUGAUUCCACUGAUGAUGGAGAGGAGCUUCUUGGAGCACUAGACGUUGCCUUCCUUUCCUCAUAUGCCAUAGGCAUGUUCAUCAGUGGCUAUGCCGCUGAGCACAUAGACCUGAGGUAUUUUCUGACUCUUGGCAUGAUAUCCAGUGGAUUAUUUUCCGUGCUCUUUGGUUUAGGAUAUUUCUACAAAAUUCACAACUUUACGUAUUUUGUUAUUAUUCAGCUGUUCUCGGGAUUUUUCCAAAGUACCGGUUGGCCCACUGUAGUUGAAUGUGUGGGAAACUGGAUCGGAAAAAAGAGACGUGGUUUCAUAAUGGGAAUUUGGUGUUCUCACAAAUCUAUUGGAGCUAUCCUGGGAUCCAACAUCGCUAGUAUAUGGGCUAGUGACAAAUGGGGAUAUUCCUUUGUUGUACCUGGUUGUAUCAUUGGUGGCGUGGCGAUCCUUGUGUUUUUGUUCCUUGUUCUAGAUCCUACCUACGUGGACUGCCCGUCUCCACAAAGACGCUUUAAAGAGGUCUGCGCUGAUAACCUUUUACGUAACUUUUGA